AUUACAUAAAUCCGUCAAAAAGAUUUGAGGUUAUGACAAUUAUACUUAUAUAUUACUGUAGUUAACUUACGUUUCAUUGUGGGUGGAAGAAUGGGAACAGCCUCUACUACAAAACAGCUACUUAAAAAGCUGACGUCUUGCGUCUACGUUUUCUCCGGGGGAAUUGGUCUGUUUUCUGCUUACAACAUAUACAAUGAAAAUGAGAAGUUUUACGAGGCGAUUGUAUUACCAGCGGUUCACAAGCUCAAUCCAGAGACAGCUCAUAAUCUGGGAGUGAUAACGUCAAAAUACAAAUUACUUCCAAAGACGAAAUAUGUGGACGGAAAUUCUCUGGAGACAGAAGUGUGGGGUCUCAAGUUCAAGAACCCCAUUGGCAUGGCUGCAGGAUUUGACAAGCAAGGGGAGGCGGUAGAAGGGCUGCAUGACAUCGGUUUUGGUUUUGUCGAGGUCGGCUCUGUCACACCGCAGCCUCAGCCGGGGAACUCCAAGCCUCGAGUGUUCAGGCUGACGGAGAAUCAGGCCAUCAUAAACAGAUAUGGUUUCAAUAGUGACGGCCACGAUGAGGUCUACAAGAGAUUGGAAUCGUUGAAACAAAACAAAACUUUCAAUGGAGUUCUGGGGAUUAAUCUGGGAAAAAAUAAAGAAUCGAGUGAUCCAGUUGAUGAUUACGUCAAAGGGAUAAAACUGUUUGGAGAAAUAGCUGACUACUUGGUCAUAAAUAUAUCAAGCCCUAACACUCCAGGGCUCAGAGAUUGGCAGCGCAAGGAACAGCUGGAAGAGUUGUUACGUCAGGUGGUUGCUGCACGGAACUCUCUGCCCGGAACACACAAACCUCCGCUACUGGUGAAGCUUGCGCCUGAUCUCACAUCGAAUGAAAAGAAAGACAUUGCCCAAGUGCUUACAAAACCCGAGUGUGCGGUAGAUGGACUUGUUAUCUCCAACACUACAGUAGGGAGGGAUGGCCUGACGGGGCCUUACAAACAGGAGAGCGGUGGCCUGAGCGGGGCCCCUUUAUCUGGGGCCUCUACGGAGCUCAUAGCAGAGAUGUAUUCUGCCACAAAGGGGAAGAUCCCGAUCAUCGGUGUAGGUGGGGUGUUCUCUGGAGAAGAUGCCUACAAUAAGAUCUUGGCUGGAGCAAGUCUUAUCCAGCUGUAUACUGCUUUCAUCUAUCACGGCCCUCCUCGGGUGACACGCAUUAAGAAAGAACUGGACGACCUGUUGCAAAAGGAUGGGUUCAAGUCCGUGUCCGAGGCUGUAGGCAAAGGAGUGAAGUAAAGUUACCAGACGCUGCGCACAAGAUUUGUUGUCUGUAAUGCUGCUUGAAUGUUAUUGUAAGAUAAUUUCUCAGGUAAAGGAUGAUUGAUAAGGGUCCAUGAACCAAACUGACCAUCAAUAUAUCAAAGGAAUGCUAUAACGAUUACCCGUUUCUCACCUCAUCUAGUUAGGUACAAGUAUUUUGAUAUUCACAACACACAGAAUUUGUUAAUAUAAAUUUUAGGAAAUACUCAAACUUUUUUGUCCCAAUGUCCAAAGGUAAGUUAAUCGCCAACAAUCCUCCUACAAUACAGUUUAACCUUUGUCUAUUGUUGGUAUAGAAUCAAAAUAUGGAAUACACAAACUUUUGAACUGAUAGGAUGACUAUCUCAGUGAGACAAACUUAGAGAGAAAGUCGAGUUUAGUCAUUAGCGUACUCUGUGAAUAUCUCAUAUUCAACCUUUUUCUUUUAAAAUUUAAAUUGUCCUUGUGGCCGAGUGGUUAUAGCUCAUGCCUUCAAAUCUGAUAGUCACUGCUUUGAUUCCAAGCAAGAUCGCCACCAGAUCCAGAUGACAUUUGUCAUUGAGAUAUCCAUGAAUGAUACUUUCUCUCAACAGGUUGAGGUUAGUAACAAGACCAGGGUUUUUACCGUUCCCUUGAAAACAAAAUCUAUAAAUGCCACCGGUGUUGAUAGACACAAUAACAAAUAAGCUUGAGCUGGCCUAUAUAGAAGGGUUGUCUAACAAAAUUGCUGAUAAUUAACUGGUUUGGUCUGUAAUCUUGGAGUCAAGUGUAUAACUACUACAGAUUACACAGGUGCUUUAUGUUCACAACCAUUGUGCAAAAUACUUUACUAUGCUAAGUCUGAUCAAGGACUGGGCGGUUACAGUGUCCUCUCUUCCAGGAGACAGCACUAUAGAUCGAGGGUUUGUGUUCCGUCUAGCUCUGGUUUUAUGUCAACUCAUGACUUGAACGGCAAAGCUUUUAUAGGAGAGGCUCGCCUAAAAUAAACAGUGUACUUGAAGGUGGGGAUACUUGAAGGGUGAAGAAUGAAAUCUGUAUAAGCAAUAGAUACAAUUUUAUUUUCAACUUAUUGCAAUGGAUCAUGCUUAUCAAUCAUCCUCUCGUGUUGUGUAAUUAAUGUUUAAAAGGAUCUGUUUUUUAAUAAAAAAA